AAUCCGGUUAUGCUCUCAGGACUUCGGGGGAUGCUAGGAUAGAGGAUUGUUAAGCUUUCUAAAAAGGUCGUAUUUUUGAAUUCUCUGCCCGGCUUGUGAUACUAUGCCGGAGUGACUCUCCGCGCGCUUUAUUCGACGUUCUGCCCGCUCUCCUGAAUCCGUUUCUCUAGAUACGCCACGUUUCAAGUUUCUCUCGAAGAAUGCCCGAGUCGCAUGCUGUCAUGCGUGGCCGAAUAAUAGUCUAAGCUUCCGUCUAUUGUGUUGCAUCGAAUUCAUCAUAGCGAUUGAACUGUUUGUUGGCCGCAGUCGACUGCGCACGUCGUCUGGCGACCUGAUCGCGAACCAUUGACACAUUUAAGCUUUCCGCGUCACCGCCGGAUGGGCUUGAAACUCGACAGUUUCCGUCAUAGGAGCUUUUAUUUUUGCGUUUCAGCCACUUCAGUUGAAUCAAUUGCAUUGAGGUGGUAUUCCAGAUACCUCUCGGCCUUCGCACGCUUCACGAAGAGACAUGAUUUCGAUAGCCACCUUUAUAUCUCUCGCCCUUCUACCAGUUCUAUUCUUCGCGUUUUGGACCAUAUCGGCCACCGGACCUUCGUCGCCUUUGGCGAAUAGUUUCCCCUCGUUGCAGGAUAAGCGGAUAUGCCUCCUAAUCGCCCAUCCUGACGAUGAGGCAAUGUUCUUUGCGCCGACACUUUUGGCUCUCACCAGGCCUGAGUUAGGAAACCAUGUUAAAAUACUCUGUUUGAGCUCCGGUGAUGCGGAGGGACUUGGUCAUAUUCGCAAAAAGGAGCUCCAAAAAAGCGCGGUGCACCUCGGUUUGCGGGGACCAUCUGACGUAUUCGUCCUUGACGAUCCAUCCCAAUUCCCAGAUAGCAUGACCACCGAAUGGUCUGCAACCGCUGUCGGAUCACUUUUAGCCACCGCCUUUGCACCCGGUGCUGUUGCCAACGGAACCCAUGACGAUUCCACGUCUUCAAAACCCGCUUCGACACAACGCCGCAGAGCGUCCAUUCGGACCAACGGCUCUACCAACGGCCACACCUCCCCACCCUCCGCGAGCAUCGACGUCCUCCUUACAUUCGAUAAGUCCGGCGUGAGCCACCAUCCAAACCAUCGCUCCCUGUACCACGGCGCCAGGGCAUUCCUACAGAUACUUAUGAAAGGCAACGAGAGCCACCCUUGUCCCGUCGAUCUGUACACCCUCACUACCACUAAUGUCGUCCGAAAAUAUCUUGGCGUCUUCGACGCACCUAUCAGUAUGUUACUAGGCGCAAUUAGAAAUAUAAUAGCGGGCAUUGGCGAGAGUGACACGGAAAUCAAGGGAAAUGAUCCAUCACCAAAUACAUUACUCUUUGUGAGUAAUGUCGACCAGUGUUUUUCAGGAUGGAAGGCGAUGGUACAGGCGCAUAAGAGCCAAAUGGUCUGGUUUCGAUGGGGAUGGAUCACGAUUGGCCGAUAUAUGGUCGUUAAUGAUUUGAAGAGAGAGAAAAUAUAACCAAUCCUUGUUCUGCUUCUUUAGUCCUCACCCUGUUUCUAAGAACAUAUUAAUAUCUAAUGCAGAAGAAAGCAUGUCCACAGUCAGAGAAAAGAAGUAUGCGCUUGUUCCGGCGGAUGUCUCUGCCAUUGCCGCACUAGAGAGAGCAACAUAGUGUACUUCGAAUUCUCGCCAUGUUUUUAUGUUAAUAAUUUACGUACUUUCCGGCGAGCGAGUUUUUUAGUACCACCAUAUAUGUGUAUAUAGCUGUUAUUCUCUCCGAACUUAUGGCAUUAAAACGGCCAUGGGUGACCAUUUCUCGUCCCAAUUUUGGCCGUAUGA